AUGGCCGAGGUACGAGCAGCUUCAUGCAUGAUGGAUAAAGGUAUGACAGUUGGGCUCGAUGAGAUUCUGAUUGAGGUGUGGCAGUGUUUGGCGGAACAGGGUGUAAGAUGGUUGACCGCUCUUUUUAAUGUUAUAUUUCGGACAUCCAGGAUGCCGAGAUGCGAAGAAUCAUUACCAUUUCAGCGAAUCAAUUUGGUUUUAUGCUUGGGAGGUCAACCAUUGAGGCGAUUUAUCUCAUUCGUUGUCUUAGAGAAAUAUCGUGAGCGUCAUAAGGAUCUUCAUAUAGUGUUUAUAGAUCUUGAAAAGGCUUAUGAUAGUGUACCACGGGCAGUUCUUUGGAGAUGUUUAGCAGCGCGAGGGGUUUCGGCGGGGUCUAUUCGGACCAUACAGGAUAUGUAUUUCGCUGUGGGGACAUGUGUUAGGAUACCCGUUGGGGAUACUCAGUAUUUUCCAGUUGAGGCAGGUCUUCAUCAAGGUUCGGUGCCUUGGUGUAUGCUUUUUGGCAAUGAUAUUGUGUUAAUCGCUGAAUCUCGGAGUGAGGUUAAUGCGAAAUUAGAACAAUGGCGUUCAUCGCUGGAGGGUUAUGGAUUGCGUCUGAGCCGCUCUAAAACUGAAUACCUUUGGGCUAAUUUUAGUGAGGGGAUUCAUGAGGAGGAUGUCGUUAUAUGUAUUACGGAGGCUCGUUUACAACAAACCAAUACCUUUAAAUACUUAGGUUCCAUCAUUCAGAGUAAUGGUGAUAUUUAUGCAGAUGUGACACAUCGUAUUGCGACAGGAUGGCUUCGCUGGCGGGCGGCUACCAGUGUGUUGUGUGAUAAGAGUGUACCUUUGAAGUUGAAGGGUAAAUUCUACCAUGUAGCAAUCAGACCGUCAUUAUUAUAUGGUUCUGAGUGCUGGCCAUUGAGAAAGGCUCAAGAGCGUAGGCUAGAGACAGCGGAAAUACGUAUGUUGCGUUGGAUUUGUGGUAACACUAUGGCCGAUCAUAUACCGAAUGUUACUUUUCGACAUCUUUUAGGUGUUGAGUCUAUAGCUAAGAAGAUAAGGGAGGGAUGUUUACGUUGGUAUGGAUAUAUGUUCGGCGCAAAUCUAACUCAGCAUCAGUUAGGAGAAUCGAACACAUAUCGGGUUCGAGGCAAGAUAAAGAGAGGUUGUUAG